CCCAUGGUAACUGCAUAACACAAGCCUUCCCCACCCACAGGCCAGUCAGGCCAGCUCAGUCAAGGCUGUGGGGCCGGCAGAGCUUGGAGGCCAAAGGCUGCAGUUCAUGCACCCCCAAUUUGGUCUACUUGUUCCAAAGACACAGCAGGCAGACCUAUGGCUGGCAGGACUCAGGAAGAGGAGACUACCAAAGACCUGGCUCUAAAAUCACCACCAGGGAAGUCUGGAGGUCACCUGCCCAGCAUCGAUGAGACCCGACCUAUAGGCCCAGGCCUAGCCUCCCGUCGUGGCUCCCUGCUGAGCCUACACCCAUCCUUUUCACGCCGCAACUCACUGGCAGGACCCCUAGUAGGUCCCGGAGGUCGACGACCAUCCCUGAGCCCAAUGCCCCCUUUAGGUUCACGAGUUAGCUUUUCUGGGCUACCCCUGGUGCCUGCCCGUAGGAUGGCACCCUCAUACCGCACAGAACCGGCACCAGGGGAGCGCUGGGAAGCUGAAAGAGCCCAGUGUGUCCUCGAGGCAGCCCUGCACGCAGGGCUGAGCAACGUGUGCUACUCAGGUAGUGAGGCGGGGAAGCUGACACAGGCACUGUGUGAGCAGAUACGCAUACGUGUGCGGGAGCUCUGCCUACCCCGCUACAAACUGGUGUGCAGUGUGGUGCUGGGCUCACGCGGGAGACAGGGCGUGCACGUGGUCAGCCGCGCACUCUGGGACGCAGUCCACGAUGGAUUGGCCUCUGCCACCUUCGCUAACACUUCACUGUUUGCUGUGGCCACUGUCCACGCAGUAUACUGGGAAUGAUAAGGCCUUCAAGUUCUGAAAAAUGGUUUAUUAUCCCAGGAGGAGGCCCCCCUGGGGCUCACAUCCCAAUAAAUAAAUGUCUGUUAAUAAAUAAAA